AUGUUAUUAAAUCCAAUCAAGGGCACAUGGGGGGAAAAAGGAGUUACCAUUGUAAGUGAUGGAUGGAUUGAUCCACAAAGAAAGCCACUAAUUAAUUUUAUGGCGGUGACGGAGAGUGGACCAAUGUUUUUAAAAGCAGUUGAUUGUUCCGGUGAAACAAAAGAUAAAUAUUUUAUUGCUAACCUAAUUAAGGAGGUUAUAAAUGAAAUUGGUUGUGAAAAGAUGGUUCAAGUAAUAACCGAUAAUGCUCCAAAUUGCAAAGGUGCCGGGCAAAUAAUUGAAUUGGAGUAUCCUCAUAUUUUUUGGACACAAUGUGUUGUACAUACACUAAAUCUUGCUUUGAAGAACAUUUGUGCCGCAAAGAAUGUUGAAAAUAAUUUGAUCACAUAUGAGGAAUGCAAUUGGAUUACUAGUCUUCAUGAUGAUGUGAUGAUUAUAAAUUUUUUUAUCAUGAACCAUUCCAUGAGACUAGCAAUGUUUAAUGAAUCUGUACCUUUGAAGUUGCUUUCCGUAGCGGAAACAAGAUUUGCUUCUAUUAUUGUCAUGUUCAAAAGAUUUAAGCUUAUCCAACGUGGUCUUCAAGCUUUGGUUAUUAGUGAAAAAUGGUCACUUUAUCAAGAAGAUGACAUGACGAAGGCAAGUUUUGUAAAAUUAAAAGUGCUUGAUGAUUUUUGGUGGGACUCUAUAAAUUAUGUUCUUUCCUUCACUUCUCACAUUUAUGAUAUGCUUAGAUUUUGUGAUAUGGAUAAACCUUGUCUUUACUUGGUUUACGACAUGUGGGAUACAAUGAUUGAGAAAGCACUUUGGCGCCUCGAAGAGUGGCCUGUGUAUGAUGACCUGGUAGUUCGUCAAGAGAGGCAUAAUACUAUUAGUGAUCACCAAUAUAGAUUCGUCAAAGAUUAUUGA